AUGGACUGCUCCCGCCAACUUCUAAAACUCGGUCUCGGCAAGCUCAUUCUCGCUGUCCGCGACACAGCCAAGGGCGAAGAUGCUCGUGGGUCGUUGACUCCCAUGCUCAAGCCAGAUCAAGCCAUCGAGGUUUGGCAGCUGGACUAUGCAUCGUAUGAUAGUGUUGUGGCUUUUGCGCAGCGAGGCGAAGACCUCGAUCCUCGCCUCGAUAUCGCUAUUCUCAAUGCCGGCGUCAACCGCAAAGACUUUCAUGUCAACCCGAUCACGGGCCACGAGGAGGAUUUGCAGACGAAUUAUCUUUCAACAGUUCUCUUGGUACUUCUCCUGCUCCGCGGCUUCAAGAAAGCAAACACAUCAUCCCCUGGUCGCAUCGUAAUCGUAUCUUCAGAUCAAGCUGCUUGGGCCAGGUUCGAGCAAAGGCAUCAAGAACCGAUGCUUCCUGCGUUUGAUGACGAGAAUAACCCAUGGAAUCCGAUCGACCAUUAUGCCACCACAAAGCUGUUGGGUCAAUUGUUCGUGGCCGAAUUGGCGAAACGGGUCCCUCCGUCCCUCGCCGUCAUCAAUUGCGCAAACCCGGGACUGUGUUACGGCUCACAAAUUGGUAGCGAACUGGGGAUCAUGGCUGCGGUAUUUAUACGCCUGGUCGGCCAUACAACAGAUACGGGAGCGCGCACGAUUGUCCAUGCUGCCACCAAGCUCGGCGAAGGGUCGCAUGGCCAAUAUGUCGAGGAAGCCAAACUGAGACCGUAA